CACCGACGCUCACUUGACUGGUGAGAUCUGCAAUCAAACGUUAGUAAUAAUGUGCGGUCUGUAGUGUGUUAGUAACUACUUUUACAGCAUGAGUUCAGAAUCGGUCAUUCUGUUGGAGACAGUCAACUUUGCUGCUGAAAAGCACCGCAAUCAACGACGUAAAGACGCUGACCAAACCCCAUAUAUCAACCACCCAAUAGGUACAGUUUUUACAAGAACAAUCUCAACAGAAGCUAGCUAGAUAGCGUCUAUGAAUGGGUUAAGGACCUAACUAGCUACCUUUAGCGCCUAUUGAUGAUAGCUUGUAUCUUCUGGCUGGGGAAGUUUUGAUAAGAGCCCCGACGCUUGUUCUGAACGUUAAAACACAUCUUGCGGUACGGUUUUGGAAACAUAAGGAACAUAUCUUUCAUAUUAGCUAGACUUUUUUUUACUUUUUUUUUUUACACAAAAUGUUAAAUUACUACACACCUUUUUAGGGUAAGUGUUCCCACGUCUUAUCUCCAUGGUAUAGCGUUCAUGUGCUAAUUAGCUGUCUGCAUCUGUCAUUGAAAGAUACUGUCAGCUGCAAUUGUGUUAAAACAGUAAGUGUAUAUUUUGCAUUUGGGAAAUAAUUUUUGUGAUAUGGAAGUUUGUUUCUAGAACUGUACUGCAAUUGAGAAUCGAUUCACGUUUAGAUGGAGUAUUUUGUGGUUUUGGCUGCCAGAGCCAAUUCGCCUCUACACAUGUAAGGUCCUUAGACUAUAAGGAGUAACGUUAGUCUCCUUUAGUCCAUUAUUGGGCUAGAUAGGUCCUUAGACUUCGGUACAUGGAUAUCUGCAUUUACAUUUGCCGUGUUUAUAAUUUUGCAGGAGUUGCAAGGAUCCUAAGCCAUGAAGGUGGGAUCACAGACAUUGAAGUUCUGCAAGUAAGUGUUUUACGUUUCAGAAAGACUCAAUACUUUCUUGCAUACAUACUUGCUCCUGGAGGGCAACAUUUUAAAUCGUAAUUAAAUUAUCUGAUUAAGUAUAGACCACAGUCAAUGGGCAAUGUUAAGCUCAUGAAAACUUUCAACAUUUGUGUUAACAGAGUUUGCGUUAACCAGAGUUCGUUAACAAGAAGGUCAUGACGGAUAUUUGUGUAUUUUCCAACUGUCUGCAGGCAGCUUUGCUCCAUGACACAGUGGAGGACACUGACACCAGCAUAGGAGAGCUACAGGUCGUCUUUGGGCAAACAGUGGCGCGGAUCGUUCAGGAAGUGACAGACGACAAGGCGCUACCCAAGCAGGAGAGGAAGCGUCAGCAGGUGGAGCACGCACCUCAUGCCAGUCACCAGGCAAAACUGGUCAAACUGGCUGACAAACUGUACAACCUGAGGGACCUCAACCGCUGCACGCCCACAGGUGAUUGUAGGGUGUCCAAUCAAAAACGCAUAUUUGGACCAAUGGGUAAAAUAAUGUUAUAGAUAUACAGUGCAUUCGGAAAGUAUUCAGACCCCUUGACUUUUUCCACAUUGUUACGUUACAGCCUUAUUUUAAAAUUGAUUAAAUAGUUUUUCCCCCCCCUCAAUCUACACACAAUACCCCAUUAUGACAAAGCAAAAACCGGAUUUUAGAAAUGUUUGCAAAUUUAUAAAGAAUAAACUGAUAUCACAUUUACAUAAGUAUUCAGAACCUUUACUCAAUACUUUGUUGAAGCACCUUUGGCAGCGAUAACAGCCUCGAGUCUUCUUGGGUAUGACACUACAAACUUGACCCACCUGUAUUUGGUGAGUUUCUCCCAUUCUUCUCUGCAGAUCCUCUCAAGCUCUGUCAGGUUGGAUGGAGAGCAUCGCUGCACAGCUAUUUUCAGGUCUCUCCAGAGAUGUUAGAUCGGAUUCAAGUCCGGGCUCUGGCUGGGACACUCAAGGACAUUCAGAGACUUGCCCCAAAGCCACUCCUGCGUGGUCUUGGCUGUGUGCUUAGGUCGUUGUCCUGCUGGAAGGUGAAGCUUCACCCCCAGUCUGAGGUCCUGAGCACUCUGGAGCAGGUUUUCAACAAGGAUCUCUCUGUACUUUGCUCCGUUUCAUCUUUCCCUCGAUCCUGACUAGUCUCCCAGUUCCUGCCGCUGAAAAACAUCCCCACAGCAUGAUGCUGCCACCACCAUGCUUCACCGUAGGGAUGGUGCCAAGUUUCCUCCAGACGUGAUGCUUGGCAUUCAGGCCAAAUACUUAAAUCUUGGUUUCAUCAGACCAGAGAAUCUUGUUUCUCAUGGUCUGAGAUUCUUUAGGUGCCUUUUGGCAAACUCCAAGUGGACUGUCAUGUACCUUUUACUGAAGAGUGGCUUCCAUCUGGCCACCCUACCAUAAAGGCCUGAUUGGUGGAGUGCUGCAGAGAUGGUUGUCCUUCUGGUAGGUUCUCCCACCUUCACAGAGGAGCUCUGUCAGAGUGACCAUCGAGUUCUUGGUCACCUCCCUGACAAAGGCCCUUCUCCGAUUGCUCAGUUUGGCCGGGCGGCCAGCUCUAGGAAGAGUCUUGGUGGUUCCAAACUUUUUUUUGGUACCCUUCCACAGAUCUGUUCCUCGACACAAUCCUGUCUCGGAGCUCUACGGACAAUUCCUUCGACCUCAUGGCUUGGUUUUUGCUCUGACAUGCACUGUCAACUGUGGACCUUAUAUAGACAGUUGUGUGCCUUUCCAAAUCAUGUCCAAUCAAUUGAAUUUACCACAGGUGGACUCCAAUCAAGUUGUAGAAAACAUCAAGGAUGAUCAAUGGAAACAGGAUGCAACAGAGCUCAAUUUCGAGUCUCAUAGCAAAGGGUCUGAAUAAUUAUGUAAAUAAGGUAUUUAUUUUUGAUAGAUUUGCAAAAAUGUCUAAACCCGUUUUGGUUUCGUCAUUAUGGGGUAUUGUGUGUAGAUUGCGGGGAAAAAAUUAUUGAAUCCAUUUUAGAAUAAGGCUGUAACGUAACAAAAUGUGGAAAAAGUCAAGGGGUCUGAAUACUUUCCGAAUGCACUGUAGGUACCAUUGACUUGCAUUGGAUGUGCCACAAAUGCCAGGUGACCGAUUUUAUAAAAUAAUAAAUAGCAAGAGCAGCACCAUUUAGUGGUUAGAAGCUGGUAAUAUCAGGAUGCAUGAUGGGACAUAAACCUAACAACUUCAAUGACUAAUUUCUCUGAACUGGGGAAACAACUCUUAUUUUCUUCCUAUCUCUUUCUCUCUGGCUCUUUGCUCCUCUUCACUUGCUUCCCUCGCUGGUUGUCUGACUGUCCCUCUCUUUACCCCCAUCCCAUAUCUUAUAUUUCUUCUGUGUUGUGGUUGCCAGGUUGGACAGCAGAGCGUGUUCAGGAGUACUUUGUGUGGGCAGCCCAGGUAGUGAGAGGGCUAAGGGGGACCAACCCAGCACUGGAGGGACACCUAGAGGAGCUCUUCAAACAGAGAGGGGUCGAGCUUUGACACCUCUCUGUUUCUGACACAGGGUGGCACAAUGUACUUUGCAUUCAUUGUUUGUAGAACUGGCAAACCAUCAAUGUCACCUUUUGAGUUUUAUCGCUGUAUUAAAUAAAGCAAUGCUAUGCAUAAUUUUGUACAUGUGAAAGGUUACUUGUUUUUAAAAAAUCCCAUUAAUGGUGAUGUAGAACCUGUAACUAACUAUUCUAUUAAGACACAUUGAACGAAAAAUACAUGAUUGUGUGUAUGUGUAAAAACGGCUAGCUGGAGCUCGUCUGAUCGGUCGGCCGUUAAUGGCCUACCCCGCUAUAUACUUAAUACUGAUUGGUUUGGUUCUGCCCACUAUAGUGCUGUCCGGUUAGAACAUGAUGUUGAGCCCAUCACUGUACUCUUAAUAGUCACCACCACACAGACCCAGCUGUUUCCAUUUGAAGAUGUUUAUAUGAUUAUGUGGUCUAAAAUGGGAGAAACAAUACAAUCAUGAGGACCCAUUAUAAGAUACUAAGACAUACAUGUACAGCAUGCAAUAAUUGUAAAGCGAUGACACAACCAACCCGAGAGGAAGCUACCAGAAUAAUUACAUCUAAGGCUAUGCAUCUUGCAGCAGUAGCAUGCAAAUACCUUAAACGGGGCUAAUACAGGAAUGGUGAAUAAGCUAGUUGUACUCAAUAAACACACUUGUAGCAAUGAUAACAAUUAUCGAACGAGGUAGCAUGCACGGGGUAACGUUACACACAAACAAUGCUAGCAUUAGCUGGAAGCUAGCAAACUUAUCUUACAAACUUACACAGUAACGUAACUAUUCCUCACUAAUAUUGCCCCCCAUCUUAGCCCAGUAGCAUUUCCAAGACGUACUUAUUGCAAUAGACCCACACAGCACUUUGUUUAGGCAACAGCACGUGCACAGUCCGUCAGCAC